AUGGGACAAGGAGAUAUCACCAUAUUGUAUGGAUCAGAGACUGGAAACGCCGAAGAAUAUGCUAGAUAUUUGAAACAUACCUUAGGUACUUAUAGAUUGAAAUCAACUUUAUCUUCAUUAGAUGAGUUCCCAUUGAAAAAGUUAAUCACCGAUACCGCAUUUCUAAUUAUCAUUUGUUCAACAACAGGUCAAGGUGAAUUACCAAGAAAUGCCAAAAAGUUUAUGAAAUUUAUCCUCAAAAGGAAAUUACCUAAUGAUUUAUUCCAACAUUUAUAUUUAACAACUUUUGGAUUAGGUGAUUCUUCUUAUAGUAAAUUCAAUUAUGCCAUUAAGAAAAUACAUACUCGUAUGACACAAUUAGGCUGUCAAGAAUUAUCACCAAGAUCAGAAGCUGAUGAAGUAUCUCCUGAGGGAGUGGAUGGGUUUUACGUUGAGUGGGAGGCUCAGGUUGUCCAAUCGCUUUUGAAAUUCUUCCCAAAUACAACUAAACUCGAGGAAGCUAGUGUUCCUAUGCCGCAAUUUAAAGUCACGAUAUCAAAUCAUGGGAUCGAGACAAACGGUGACGUUGCCUCCCAAGUUAAAUUUUCUGAGGAUGAUUCUAUUAAUAUUGGUACCGUGGUGGAAAACAAAAGGAUAACCAGUCAAGAUCAUUUCCAAGAUGUACGAGAUUUCAAAAUCAAAUCCGAAGAUUUACAAUACUUGCCCGGUGAUACAAUAUCAUUGUAUCCAUGCAAUCACGACCAAGACGUCGAAGCUUUAUUGGAAGUGCAACCGCAUUGGGCUCAGAUUGCUGAUCGUCCUCUAUUAAUUAAGAAUGCACCACAUAUUGAGGGUGGGAUUGUGAAGAAUUUGACAUUACGUACCCUUCUCAAAUACCAUUUGGAUAUAAUGUCUAUACCUAGAAGAAGUUUCUUUGCGUUAUUAUGGCAUUUUUGUGAUUCCUCAACCGAAGAUGGACAAAGAGAACAAGAGAAAUUAAAAGAAUUCGGAAGUUUUGAAGAACCAGAAGAUUUAUAUGACUAUGCGAACAGACCAAGAAGACUGAUUCUUGAGACCAUUUUAGAAUUUCAAAAUAAUUUGGUUAUUCCAAUUGCAUAUAUAUUGGAUUUAUUCCCCUUGAUUAAACCUAGAUUUUUCCUGAUUGCUUCGAGACCCAGUGCGUCGGAAGUAGAGAUAAUAGUUGCUAUAGUGGAAUACAAGACUAUCAUAAGAAGAAUAAGACGAGGUUUAUGUACCAGAUGGUUGAAAUCUCUCCAACCAGGGGAUGAAAUUAGAUUUUCUAUUCAAAAAUCAAGUUUUUCAUAUCUGGAGAACAAGCCACCGAUAAUAAUGGUAGCACCAGGUACUGGAAUCGCACCCAUGAAAUCUGUUAUAGAUGAAGUUUUACAUGAAAACACAGAACAAGAGUUGUAUCUCUUUUUCGGGUGUAGAUUUCAAGAAAAGGAUCAUUUGACAGAAUCAUUCUGGCAAGCAGAAUAUCCUAAUUUGCAUAUAUUUAAUUGCUUUUCUCGUGAUAAGGGAUAUAAAUAUAAGUAUGUUCAAGAUGGUCUUUUUGAUCAGUAUAAACUUAUAGGAAAAUUGAUCUUGGAAGAAAAUGCAAAGAUAUUUGUUUGUGGUUCAAGUGGUAAAAUGCCUCAACAAGUUAAGAUUACAUUUUCUGAAAUCUUAAAGAAAUAUAAUUCAAUUACAAUUGAAGAAGCUCAAAGGUAUAUACUUCAAAUGGAAGAUAAUGGAAGAUAUAAGGAAGACGCUUGGUAG